GAAGAAGAAGAAGAAAUGGAGAAAUCCCUGAAAACAGAAACCUCCAUUGCCUGCCGCACUUCUCCUCGGUCGAUCUUCCUUUCUCCUCAUUCUCGUUUCAACUGGUACGAAAAGGAUGUGUGGACAGAGAUAGCGAAGUUCUUAGACGGUAAAUGUCUGAUGAAGCUGGGAAUGACGAAUCGAUGGUUUCACAGCAUUGUCACGGAAGAGAGCAUCUGGAAAUUCGCUUGCUUGCGAGAUCUUCAGGUCCCUCCUCCCGAGCAUGUAACAUUCAAAUGGAUCCAGCUGUUCGCUUCCGCUUUCGAUGGAAGUCAUUCCUACAGCUAUCGUCAGCCGGAGAAGCACAUUGAUUGGAUGAGGAUUGGUGCCUUCUUUUUCGACUCGCCCAACGCUUAUUUGACGGAUAAGCUGUCCAUGCCAAAGAGAAUGCCGCGAGGUGAUUCCACAGAGAAAAUGUUGCAGAACACUGGCGCUUGCAUCUUAAAAAACGUCAAAACAGGAAUAUGGCUCGCCGAUCUACAGCUCGUUCGAUGCCCGGUUUGCAACCUCGAGACCUGCGAAGGCACCAUGCAAACGUUGGACGCAAGACAUCUAGAGCUGUUCCUUCACGAGGAAUACAAGAACGGGACGUGGGACUACCAAGAGAUCGGAUCUCGCCGCAUUGACAAGAAAUGCGGCGGAGCUGCUGGAGGCAUUUUCGACGUCAAAUACCUCAAAACUCCCUGCACUUCCGACAUUUUCGAUCUCAAAUCAUGGAUUGCCAAACGAGAGGACUGGCAACCCAAGGCACGGAUAGCUACCCAUGCAGUCGCCAUCAACACGAAUCUUCAGGAAAACGAAGGCCUUUACGUCAAAUACCAAGUAAUGCGUGGCGGAGCGGAUGGAGAAAUCGUCUCAAUGCGAAUCUCUCAGCAACUGAUAUGACUUUUUUCCUUCAAAGAUUCUCACAAAUCAGAAGUUCUUUUUCCUAGCAAAUCAAUGUUCUGUAGAUUGAUAAAAAGAACUCCCCUCGCAAAUAACUGAACUGACCAUCCAGAGGAAACGGAUUUCGCUCCCUUGCCAGCUUAGAUAUCCCAAGGAGGCGGCAUCGUUCCCUGAUUCCCUCCACGUGGAAUCAUCAA